GGCGGCGGGGCUGACGCUCACAGCCACAGGCGGCGGCGGCGGCGGCAGCGGGAGGGCGGGCGGGCGGCAGGCGGCAGGCGCAGAGGAGGACGCGCCCGGCGCAGCGCGGCGGCGACAACAGCGGCACCGGCGGAGAGAGCCCGGCGGCGGCGGCGGCUCCUUGGCAGCGCCAGCGCCCGCCCGCCCCGCUCGUCCCCUCCCCGCCUCCCUCCCUCCCUUCCCCCGCCGCGGAGCGGAGCCGGGCUCGGCGCGGGAGGAGCGGCGGCGGCAGCAGGAGCGGGGACGCGGCCGGGACCGCACCGGCCGAGGGCGCGCGGAGCGGGGGAGCGGCGGCCCCGAGAGGCGGCGGCAGCGGCGAUGACUCCGCGCGGCCGGGGCGGAGGGCGCGCCCACAGCGGGGUCUCUCCGACUUUGCUUUUUUUUUCCUUGUUCCCCGCCGGCCCCUCGGACUCGGGAGCGCGGCGCUCGCGGCUCGGAAUCCUCCUCCUCCUCCUCCUCCUCCUCCUUCCUCGGGGAGCUCCCUCCCCGCCCCGCCCCUCCCCCGCCGGCCCGCCCGAUCCCGCCGGGCGCCCCGUGUCGCCGUCGCCUCGCUCGGCGGAGCUGCUGCGGGCGCUCGCCCUGUGCGCGCGGGCUUGGAAUAUGGUUGGGGAAAUGGAAGCCAAGGAGAAGCCGAAGCCGAGCCCCGAUUACCUGAUGCAGCUGAUGAACAACAAGAAGCUGAUGAGCAGCCUCCCCAACUUCUGCGGGAUCUUCAACCACCUCGAGUGGCUGCUGGACGAAGAAAUUAGCAGAGUACGGAAAGACAUGUAUAACGACACAUUAAAUGGUAGUACGGAGAAGAGAAGUGCAGAAUUACCAGAUGCUGUGGGACCUAUUGUACAGUUACAAGAGAAACUAUAUGUGCCUGUAAAAGAAUAUCCAGAUUUUAACUUUGUCGGAAGAAUCCUUGGGCCCAGAGGACUAACAGCUAAACAGCUUGAGGCGGAAACAGGAUGCAAGAUAAUGGUCCGAGGGAAGGGCUCAAUGAGAGACAAAAAGAAGGUCUCCUUUAAGAGCAGAGACAACCAUGAUCCAGCAGUUUUGGAGGUAGAGGAAGAACAGAACCGAGGCAAGCCCAACUGGGAACACCUGAAUGAAGAUUUGCAUGUACUUAUCACUGUGGAGGAUGCUCAAAACAGAGCAGAAAUAAAACUGAAGAGGGCUGUUGAAGAAGUGAAGAAGUUACUGAUACCUGCAGCAGAAGGAGAAGACAGCCUUAAAAAGAUGCAGCUGAUGGAGCUUGCAAUUCUGAAUGGCACUUACAGAGAUGCCAACAUCAAAUCACCAGCCCUUGCCUUUUCUCUUGCAGCAACAGCCCAGGCUCCAAGGAUCAUUACUGGGCCUGCGCCUGUUCUCCCACCAGCUGCCCUGCGUACUCCUACGCCAGCUGGCCCUACCAUAAUGCCUUUGAUCAGACAAAUACAAACCGCUGUCAUGCCAAACGGAACUCCUCAUCCCACCGCUGCAAUAGUGCCACCAGGACCCGAAGCUGGUUUAAUUUACACCCCGUACGAGUACCCCUACACACUGGCACCAGCUACAUCAAUCCUUGAGUAUCCCAUUGAACCUAGUGGUGUAUUAGGUGCGGUGGCUACUAAAGUUCGAAGGCACGAUAUGCGUGUCCAUCCUUACCAAAGGAUUGUGACCGCAGACCGAGCCGCCACCGGCAACUAACCUAUGACCUUCUGACCUCUGAACUCUUCACCCAAUGAUGACCUGACCAUGCCUGCCUGCUGAUCAGUUAACUGGUAAUCGCCUUUGCUUGCCUGUCUUCAGUGCAGCGAGCUGGGGCACUUGUCCGUUCGUCUUACCAUCUAACAAAACAGACAGAGAAAUUGUUGUCCUCCAACUCCGCUUUUUUGUGUUCUCCUGUCUGGGUGAAAGUGGUUCUAGAACCUGCACUGAAUAGUAGUAAAGCAAUAAGGUCCAAUUCAUCCCUCCGCACUGAUCAUCCUCUAGCGUCCCGCCCCAAGCAAACGGUAAGGAGGUCUCUCACGAGAUGGAGACAGAUGUCCCUUAACAACCGAUGACAGAGGCAGUUACUGUGAGAGACUUCUAGGAAUAUUUUUCUUCUCAAAAAAAGAAGUCAAAGCUCUCUCUGAAUGUACUGUGUGAUGAUGCAUCAUGCAUGAACCUUUGGUCAGGGAUGUCAUUGGUGAAGGGAUUCCAAAAAGUAUUCAAAAUUUGACAUGCUGUUUAGUCCACUACCAGUGCCCUCAAAGGGCGGAAGUCGCAGCCUUUUUUCUAUUGCCUGCCAAAUUGGAUGUUUUAAAAAAUAAUAAUAAAAAAUAAUAAAAAAAUUUAAAAAGGAGUGCCAUGAAAUACAGUGAAUUUUCAGAAACGUUGUCAAUGCAGUGAACAAAACAGCAACACUAUGAAAGCUAAAUCUGAGUUUAAAUUAUUUUAACCAUAUUUUAAUCCUCCUCGGAAGAUUACACGAGAACAAGGUACAUGCAUUAUGUGUCACAUUACUGGGCAAACUGUUCAAAUAUUUUUUUUAAACCUCCCUGUAUAGAAAAAAAAAAAACAACAAAAUUCAUUAGGAUGUAAAAGCCAUAGCUUGCCUAUUUGCUGUAUACAUGUAACGAAAUGUAGAUAAAGUGUAGUGCAUUGAAACAAAAUGAACAAAAAAGUAGAUACUUUUACUAUACAAGGGUGCUGGUGCAGAAAAAAAAUAUAUAUUUUUGGAAAUGUAGCAUUUUAUACUUUCAAGUGUUAUAAAAAAGAAAAAAGAAAAAAAGAACAAAGAAACCCUUUAUUUCAUUAAAUGAUUUUUUCUGGUGGUUGUCAAGAAACAAAAGACCAAAAGAGCCUUUUAGUCUUUCUUUUUUAUUUUUUAAGUAUUGGAAUAAGUCUAAAGAAAAGGAAGUGCCUUAUUUUCUUCAUGGUCAUUUAGUCAAAUGUCUUGUAUAAUCAUCUUCUCCCUCAGACAAGUUACUGCAUGCCACUCAGUCGCCCAGUAUGUGAAAAGAAGCUGUGAGGAAAGACAAAUGAUGAGUUGACCGUAUUAAUUACCUGAUUUUUGCCAUAUUAGUGUGACGUGACUUUGCCAUAAUCGCAUUACGAAAAACGUUUGCUAGGUUUCUGUCGAAUCAGCCCUUAGUUACUUCCACAACUCUGCUUUUCGAAUCAGAGCUAAUACAGUACUUGUGCAACGUAAACCAAAGGUUCUGUGAUACAGAGUGUCUCGUUCUAAAUUAGACUAUUAGCUGAGAUAUGUUGGUAGAGACGGAAGUGUUUCAUUUUUGUUCAGGGAUGGAGACAAGUUUUCUUGACUUUGGUUGGAAUAAAUGUGCAUCAGACAUAGUAGACUUCAGAGUCAUCCAGAAAACUGGCGUUCUGUGGAUAACGAAAGUGCUUAGCUAGUCCUCAGUUUUAUGGUCUGAGCAUGUCCCCCGUUUUUGUGAGCAGUUUCUGCAGUGUCAAGCAGUAUGCAAGUUAUUUAUUUUUCAGCUCUCCUUUGAUUAAUGUUACAUCUGCCUACUGGCUUUCUUUCACAAGAUGCGCAGGAGGGGGACGUCAGUUAGCUGUUUGAAACCCAGCUAUGCUGUAGUUUUAACCUUACUUCCACAUGAGAUUGAUGUAGCUGGGCGAUCACAGGAGUUGAAGCUGUUGAACGCACAGUAUUUGAAUCUUAAAAACAUUAAGUAUUACUUUGUGUGGAGCUCAGUACUAAGCUUGGCAAAUAUCAGGUGAUAACUUUACUCCCCUUCUUGUCAACUUACUCUCCUCCUGCAAAUCUUCACAGCUUCCAAAUGAAAGGUCAAUAGUAAGCUAAGAGGGCUUACAUUUUAAGCACCUGCAUGGUGACCUCAUCUAACAUCUUGUCUCACCUGGAAAUAAUUAUCAGUUUAUUUACUAUGCAAUAGACAUUCAUCCUUUUGUAUUCAGCUAGCUUUUUGUUUAUUGUACCACCGGCUUUGUCUUCCUGUUACACAUACAGUUGUUGAUUAUACUUACAGUAUAUACUGUGCCAUUUUGAUUUUUUUUGUUGGUUGGUUGGUUGGUUGAAUAAACUUGCGACACUCGAACAUUUGAAGAGAGAUUUGCUAAAACAAUACCAGUAUUUGAUCCAGUUUCAUCUCAACUAUGAUAAAAACCUGGACGUUUUGGAUGUUUAUCAAAGGUCUUUUAUUGGGAGGGAGGGGAAGUACGCGCAACAGAUGUGUGACAUGUGAAAGUAAUGUUUGCUAUGAACAAAUCUUCUGAAAACUUAGUUGACAAAAUUUUGGAUCAACUUAGGAAAAAAAAAAAAGGAAAAAAAAAAAAGCAUGACUUUUGAAAUCUCCGAAUGCCUUCGUUCUCAGUAUUAUCAUUCUUUAAUGACUUUUUCUUUAUUAAAAUAAGUAGUUUUAAGACUUCUUUCUGACAGUAUUAUGUAAUUUUUUUUUUUUAGAGUGGGUAGAUGGGAGUGUCGCUUGUAUGUAACCGUACAGAUGACAUGUAUUUGUCUGUUCUUUAUUAUCUUAGUAGUUUCAUGCUAUGUAUGUACCAUAACCAACCUAUUGCCUAUGAGAAACAUGUAAGAUAAUGUAUUUACAGCCAUUGUUACAAGUUUAUAAUGUAUUUUUCUAUCUUGUUUUAUAUGUAUGUUAUAUAACAUUCAAAAAGAAUUUUUUUCCUGAUUGAGAAAAAAAAAAAAAGGAUACAAAAUGCAAAACCCACAAUUUUGAUAACAGAGAAAUUGCCAAUUGUUUUGCAGUACUUUAUUAUAUUGGGAGUGUUGUCUUUCUUGGGCUUUUAGUUAGCUACUGGAUGAAUACAUUAGACAUAUUUGGGUUUUAGUUGGGUUUUUACAUAGCUUGCAUUUUAAUUCUUUGGUUCUUUGCUGUUUCUAUUAACCCAUAGCAUUAUUUUAAUAAAUGUUAUAAUACCAACCUACUAACUCUGGACUAUGUCUGUUUAUUAACCAUUACAUGUUUAAUUAAAGUAAACAAAUAAAGACGGAAGAAUGUAAAGUCUUGAGUUACUGGACUAACCCUGAAGAACGUGACCACAGAUAACACAACGUGACUUGUUUUUAUGUUGUUUGUCGGCUGACAUUCUGCACACUACUAUUAAGUUGGCUUUGGUCGUUCUGGCCUUUUACCUUGGGGAAUAGGUGCCAGUAGAUAAGGGAACAAAGUAGCUUUUAUUUUAUUUUAUUUCAUUUUAUUUCAUUUUAUUUGAGGCAUUCUUCUUGUAGAGUCUUGCCACUUGCCUUUCAGCAUCUGCAUUACUAAUUCCACACUUUCUUUUUCUUUCUCUAAAUUAAUUACUGUCGGCUCACAGCAAAAGAGCAAAGAUGCCAAUGUAUUGGUAAAUCAUGAUGGUGUACAGAAACCAGUUUGAUUCUUUGUUGAACCAUUCAGAGGUUGCAGUUCAUCUUCUUGCAAUUUGUGAUUUGUUGGCUUGGGCACCUGUUGCAUUAUGGGACAUUUCCAAGCACAAAAUGCGUCUAGAUAGGAUUAGCAGUACAUUGAAAUACAAAAUCUUCUUUUAUUCCCUUGCCAAAAGUGCCUUAUUUUCUUCACACCGAGCUAUUUUUAUGUGAUAUUUUGUACUUCUGCUAUAGUCUAUCAGUAUUGCCUAGCUCAGGGGAGUACAAUUUCUGUAAGCCAAAGGUCAGAACGUAUCAUUUCCUAAUGACUGCAGAAAGUAUAAAAACACACCUUUCUCUAAAUUUCCAAGCAACAGCCAUUUCAAAUUCCAGGUCUGCCUCUAUGUAAUCUUUAUCCCUGCGGAUGACUGUAGCAACAUGAAUGCAGGGAAUUGAAACGGUGAAAAUGCUGCUUUGGUUGUACCUCCAUGCAGAUGGCUUUUACGGAAACAUUUCUCUUGACGCUUCUUUUGUCUGAGGCUCCUUUCCGUGGCAUGAGUAGUCUGCCCAGAUUUGCAGUCAUAAGGAGACAGUCAUUAUAGCUAAUGUCAAGGGAGACUGUUGAUGUAGGUCACUUUUCAGAUAUCGACAGCCUCGGUGAAAAACGCCAUUUAUUUUCACGUAUACAGUAAAAAUUCAGAUAAGGAGAUUUUGGAACAUUUAUGAUGUUUCAAGUUACGCAUCUUGAAGUCCAUGCGAUAUAAAAUUUUUACUAUUUCUUUCAGGAUUGGCAAUAAUUAAAUUUGAAUGCGUCUUUGUUUUAUGGAAGAAAAAUAGAUGAGCUAUGAUGAAGGUGUCUUUUUUAUGAGGAUGUGUAACUUUUAGUUUGUUCCACAGAAACGCAUAAGUAGAGUUAGACUUCUGUCAAUACAUUUAGAACAGUUUCACUCGUACAGCAAUUUUAACAGAUCAGAGAUCUGUUGCUAUCCUAAAAGUCAGUCAUGUGUAGAUGGCGAAACAACAACAACAAAGAAAAGGGCAUUUUCAACAAAUAAGGUGAGGAAAAUCAGAUGAAGUGAUGGCACGGGGUGUCAUUACAGAGUCACUGAUUUAUGUUCUUUGAACAUUUCAUCAGAGGCGCGUAUUUAAAUUCUGCGCAGCACUCUCCAGUGUAAGUAACACUGUUCAGACAGGAUAAAUGAUUAAUGUUAUCUACUGAAAAAUACUUCUGUCCCAAAAACUAUCUAUUUAUUUUUGUUUUGGUUUUUUUGGGUUUUGGUUUUUUUGUUUUUUUUUUUUGGCAACGUUUGUAAUGUUUUCUAUUUUUUAUGAGAUGUGAACUACUGUCAUACUUGGUCCACAGUGCAUUUUCAUCUCAUUCUUGUAACUCCUGAGAGUUGCCCCUAAAUUCUGAAGUAUUUUCAAUCAGAAAGAAAGCAAAACAAUGGAAGCCCUUAAAAAUCCUAAUUUUACAAUAGUGGCUUUUGACCAUCAGGUGCAUUUCUCAGUUUCCGUAAGUGCCUGCCUGAACACUUAUUUUAUGCUUUGACUGCUUAUUGGAAAGAAACAGGCUAUUUUUAGACCUGAAUUUGAGGCAGGAUGCCUGCAGUACUGCAGCAUCACUGAAGCUUCGUUAUUCUUUAUUUUCUUCCGUGGUUAAAUUCUCUUCUCAUUUGGAAGAUCUUACAUUCAAGUCAUGGAUAGAGUUGCUGGUCUGUCCAGUAACGUGGAUUAAUUUUAGGAGAAACAGAUUUUUAUUACUUUUUUUCCUUGUAAAUAGCUCAGAAUAUCAGCAAAAACACCGCAAAGCCUUUUAAAAUAAAAUCUGAGCAGUGCUAUUGAUUUCUUAAGUGAAAUGUUGUACCAAAUUAUAACAAAUUUUACUUCUCUGAUAGAUAUAUUUUUUUUCUGUUAGCGAUGUAUAAAAUAUUUUGUAGAGUCUUCAGGGAUAUCUUUCAGAUACUUUAAAUGAAAUAAAUAUGCUGACGAUAUUGAUAUUUAUUUGAACAGACCUCUAAAAAAGUAUGUAAAAAAUCUGCACGUAAUGGUUUAUUUCCAGAUGGACUCUUUGAGGGGGACCACUAAAAAGUUUUCUGACCUGAAAAUGCAGGGAAGCAUCAAAGCGUUUUGCUGUCCAUUAAGACAUCGUUUUGACUUGGGAGAAGCAUGCUUACAAAUAAUGUUCAGUUUCAUAUAUUCAUAUUUGGAUAACAGUGUAGCAGUCAUUGUAACUAGCACAUUGUACAGAAUGAAAUCUGAAUAAGACAUUCCUAUGGAGAAAGUACAUAAUUGUUAUUGGAACUCGUUUUAAAACAUUUGAUAUAUUUUCCUAAAACACUAUUAAUGAACUACCGUUGGAAUAACACAAGCAGUAACAUUAACACAUGGUAAUCAAUGUUGAAUCAAACUGGUUAACAAAAGUACAGUGCUCUUCCUUCUAUGUGCCUGCGCACUAAUUGCAGGUGGUUUGGUUCUGCAUAGGAGUGGGUGGGAGGCACAGCAGGCGGUGACUUGCAGUGUUAAUUCCUUGCAGCUGGGAUGUCCGUCUGACAACUUGACUAACAGGGAGGAACCUGACUCCCAAGGCAAAGAUUUAGCUGAGAUCUGAAUCUCAUUAGAAGAAUUAAUUUUAAAUAGUAUACAUACAUACAUAAAACGCUUCUACUUGUAUUAUGGCAGUUUGUGUGAAACAUUUAAGGUUUUGUUUGUGCAAAAUAAUGUAUUUGGGGGAGGGAGGGAGGGGGCAUGGACAUUGCCAAAACACAUGUAAAUAAAACACCAAUUAUGACUGUACAUUAUGUGCAAUAAAAUAACUGGAAAAAGUGCAUGUACUUUAUCCUCAAAAGCAAAUUGACAGCUCUCAAAGCUGUAGCUAUAGUUUUAUUUUCUGAAAAAGUUCAAUUUUAUUCUGUAUCUAAACAGCAGAAUAAAGAAUGUACAUUUUUCACA